CCUGCUGAUGACUCCGGCCCCUGGCUAGAGGGUAGGCGGUGUGGAGCAGCGCGCGCAGGCGAGGCCAGGGCAAGGUGGGUGCAGGACUUUAGCCGGUUGAGAAGGCUCAAGCAGGCAUUUGGAGCACAGGAGUCUACAAACUUUUAAGGGGCAGGUUCAAGAAGGAAAACUUCCCUUUUGCUGUGAAACUAUUUGGCAAGAGGCUGGAGGGCCCAAUGGCUGCAAAAUCACAACCCAACAUUCCCAAAGCCAAGAGUCUAGAUGGCGUCACCAAUGACAGAACUGCAUCUGAAGGGCAGUGGGGCCGUGCCUGGGAGGUAGACUGGUUUUCACUGGCGAGCGUCAUCUUCCUACUGCUGUGCGCCCCGUUCAUCGUCUACUACUUCAUCAUGGCGUGUGACCAGUACAGCUGUGCCCUGACCGGCCCCGUGGUGGACAUCGCCACCGGACGUGCUCGGCUCUCGGACAUCUGGGCCAAGACUCCACCUAUAACGAGGAAAGCUGCCCAGCUCUAUACCUUGUGGGUCACCUUCCAGGUGCUUCUGUACACGUCUCUCCCUGACUUCUGCCAUAAGUUUCUACCCGGCUACGUAGGAGGCAUCCAGGAGGGGGCCGUGACUCCUGCAGGGGUUGUGAACAAGUAUCAGAUCAACGGCCUGCAAGCCUGGAUCCUCACGCACCUGCUCUGGUUUGCAAAUGCUCAUCUCCUGUCCUGGUUCUCGCCCACCAUCAUCUUCGACAACUGGAUCCCGCUGCUGUGGUGCGCCAACAUCCUUGGCUAUGCCGUCUCCACCUUCGCCAUGGUCAAGGGCUACUUCUUCCCCACCAGCGCCAGAGACUGCUUCCCAGGAGAGCCCUGCUGGCUUGUACUUCCCAUGGCUGGACAGUGCAAAUUCACAGGCAAUUUCUUUUACAACUACAUGAUGGGCGUCGAGUUUAACCCUCGGAUCGGGAAGUGGUUUGACUUCAAGCUGUUCUUCAAUGGGCGCCCCGGCAUCGUCGCCUGGACUCUUAUCAACCUGUCCUUUGCAGCGAAGCAGCGGGAGCUCCACGGCCAUGUGACCAAUGCUAUGGUCCUGGUCAACGUCCUGCAGGCCAUCUACGUGAUUGACUUCUUCUGGAACGAAACCUGGUACCUGAAGACCAUUGACAUCUGCCAUGACCACUUCGGGUGGUACCUGGGCUGGGGCGACUGUGUCUGGCUGCCUUACCUUUACACGCUGCAGGGUCUGUACUUGGUGUACCACCCCGUGCAGCUGUCCACCCUGCACGCCGUGGGCGUCCUGCUGCUGGGCCUUGUGGGCUACUACAUCUUCCGGGUGGCCAACCACCAGAAGGACCUGUUCCGCCGCACGGAUGGGCGCUGCCUCAUCUGGGGCAGGAAGCCCAAGGUCAUCGAGUGCUCCUACACGUCCGCCAACGGGCAGAGGCACCACAGCAAGCUGCUGGUGUCGGGCUUCUGGGGCGUGGCCCGCCACUUCAACUAUGUCGGCGACCUGAUGGGCAGCUUGGCCUACUGCCUGGCCUGCGGUGGCGGCCACCUGCUGCCCUACUUCUACAUCAUCUACAUGACCAUCCUGCUGACCCACCGCUGCCUCCGGGACGAGCACCGCUGCGCCAGCAAGUAUGGCCAGGACUGGGAGCGCUACACCGCCGCGGUGCCUUACCGCCUGCUGCCUGGAAUCUUCUAACGCAGCACCCUAGGGAGAAGCCCUGAGGGGCUGUCAAGAGCGUGUUCUGCCAGGUCCAUGGGGGCUGGCAUCCCAGCUCCAACUCUAGGAGCCUCAGUUUCCUCCUCUGUAAACUGGAGAGAGCCCGGCACUUGGCAGGUGUCCAGUACAUAAUAAUGCUCUGUUCCUUGCUUUUGCCUUCAAGGGAAUUCUGAGUGUCCACCACUGCCGUAUUGCCAGCACAGACGGAUUUACUCUAAUCAGUGUCCCUGGGGCAGGAGGAUGACCCGGUCACCUUUACUAGUCCUUUAGAGACAAUUUACCUGUAUUAGGAGCCCAGGCUGCGCUGCACUCUGCCCACACUGGUGAGCAGGAGUCUUCCCAUGCCCUGUCAUUAGGCUGCAUUUACUCCUGCUAAAUAAAAGUGGGAGUGGGGUGUGCGCGUUAUCCAUGUAUUGCCUUUCAGCUCUAGAUCCCCCCUCCCUUGCCUGCUGUGCAGUCAUGGGCGGGGCCCGUGCACUGUUUCUUCUUGGUAGCGUGCACGGUGUUGAACUGGGACUCUGGCAAGAAAGGGGCUUUCAUAUGGUUUCCUUCCUGCUCCGGCUGCAUAGCUGCCAGGGGUGCUCUGCCUGGAGUGUGCAGACUUCAGAGAGGUCCCAGCACCGGCUGUGGCCUUUCAGGUGUAGGCAAGUGAGCUCUGCUCCCCAAUUCCCUGUGAGUGCCCACCCUCUCGAAAGAAUUUUCUGCUUGCCCUGUGACUGCACAGGCUCUGGCUCGAGCAACCCAGGGAACUUCACCCUCAGGGGCCUCCCACGCCUUCUCCAGCAAGGAGGUCUCAGUCCCAGCCUUGGGGGGGCACCUCCUUUUCCGUGCUGUCUUACCUGAGGCAUUCUCCCUCAUCCCUAGGGUGUUGUGUAAAACUCUUUUUAAACUUUAUGCUCCGAGUAGAGUUCAUCUUUAUAUUAAACUUUCCCUGUUCAAAUAA